AUGGCACAAUUAAUUCGAGAUGCGCCUGUGGGCCAGGUCAUCCGCUUCAUCACACGAAAUAAGUUCCUCCAAUAUCCAGAGGAGAAGCCCGACUUCCAGCUUCCGCAGCAAUGGCUCGACGUCCUGAACUCUGAAAAGUCCGGCCCGGCUGAAGCAACCCCAGCCGACGCCGGCGCAUCACCCAGGUCUUCCGUGUCAAUCAACGCCGAGGAGGAAAACAGGCUCUCCCAGAAGGAGGCCGAAGACGCCGCGCCGUACGGCACCUCACUCCAGCGGACCCGGAGCCGGGAGGAGACGGUCCCGUAUACAUCAGACCGGCUCCAGGUGGACGAGAUCCACGAGAUCCAAAAGACGAAGAGCAUACCCAUCGCACCGAGAAAGACAAAAGACGGCGCCAUUCUGGUGGACUGGUACUUUAGCGACGACGUCGAGAACCCGCAAAACUGGUCCAACGCGAAGCGCGGACUCAUCGCUGCCGUCAUCUGCAUCUACACCUUUGUCGUCUACAUGUCGUCGGCAAUUUACACGCCCUCCGUCGAGGGCAUCAUCCACGAGUUCGGCGUCGACAUGACUGAGGCUUCGCUGGGUCUGGCGCUCUUCGUCCUGGGUUACGGCAUCGGCCCCUUGCUCUUCUCGCCGCUCUCUGAGAUCCCUCGCAUCGGCCGCAACCCGAUUUAUAUCGUCACCAUGUUCCUCUUUGUCAUCGUGUCGAUCCCUGCGCCUUUGGCGAGCAAUUUCCCCGGGCUGAUGGUCCUUCGCUUCCUGCAAGGCCUCUUUGGGUCGCCGUGUCUGGCGUCUGGCGCCGCGUCUCUGGGUGACAUGUAUAGUCUCCUGAACCUUCCCUAUGCCCUCAUUGCUUGGGUGUCUGCGGCAUACUGCGGUCCAGCUCUAGGGCCCCUCUUGUCAGGUUUCUCCGUUCCCGCCAUGGGCUGGCGCUGGUCUCUCUGGGAGAUCCUCUGGGCCGCCGCGCCCGUCUUCCUCGUCAUGUUCUUCUUCCUCCCAGAGACUUCGACGCCCAACAUCCUCCUCCGCCGCGCGCAGCGACUCCGAAAGCUGACGGGCAACGAACGCUUCAUGUCCCAGUCGGAAAUUGACCAACGCAACCUAAAGACCUCGGCUGUCGUCAUCGACGCGCUCAUCAAACCCCUCGAGAUCACCAUCAAGGACCCAGCGAUCCUCUUCGUCCAGGUUUACACCGCCAUCAUCUACGGCAUCUACUACUCCUUCUUCGAGGUGUUCCCCCUGGUGUACCCGGUCUACUACGGCAUGUCCAUCGGCCAGAUCGGCCUCGUCUUCCUCUGCGUCCUCGUCGCCUGCCUCCUCGGCAUCGCCACCUACGUGUCCUACCUGGCCUUCUACAUGGUGCCCCGCAUCAAGAAGUUCGGCUUCCCGAUCCAGGAGAACCGACUCGUGCCCGCUCUGCCCGCGUCUUUCGGCCCCACCAUCGGCCUCUUCAUCUUCGCAUGGACGGCAUCACCGGCGAUCCACUGGAUCGUCCCGACCAUCGGCAUCACCGUCUACGGCGCCUCAGUCUUCAUCGUGAUGCAAUGCAUCUUCGUCUACGUCCCGCUGUCCUACCCACAGUACGCUGCCAGUCUCUUUGCUGGCAACGACUUCUUCCGCUCCGCUUUCGCCUUUGCUAGCAUCCUGUUCGCGGGCCCAAUGUACCGAAACUUGGGUGUCGCGCGCGGGACGAGUCUGUUGGGUGGACUGAGCACCAUUGGCAUUCUCGGCAUCUGGUUGCUCUACUUCUACGGUGGUAGGCUCAGGGCUCUGAGCAAGUUUGCAAUUUCGUCUGACUGA